AAUCGCUGAAGGUGCAAUCGCCAUGCUCACUCAGACACAGCGAUGCACCGUGGUUGGUUUUUCGAAUGAGUUAGACUGGAGACCACUGAGAUUUGCGGAGCCCCUUCCGUCGUAUCGAGUAUGCCAAGCCUGCGGACUAGUGCCCAGAGUGACAGCACUCUUGCCCUGCCUACACGUUUACUGCAAGAGCUGCUUCUAACAGUGCCGCCUUGAUUCCGGCCACUGCUGUCUUCUUGAUGGUCAACCUGCCAGCACAGAAGAUGUCGAAUGGAGAGAGUUUCCAGUGAGAAACCUUCUCAAGCGCAUGGUCAAAUGCUGGAACGAAGACCCUGGUUGCGACGUUGUUUUGCCUGCAUCGAAACUCAACAAACACUUUUGCAAGGAUUGUGACCACCACUCCACUUCCUGUCCUAGAUGUUCGAUGGUCGUACGCUGUAAUAGUGUGUGCGCCCACAUGCAGAGCGAGUGCAUGGAUCACGUGAUCUCGGUGCAAGCGGCGAGUCCUCAAACAAACUCGUCUAGCCAGCAUGCCACUAUGAUGGCUUUGAAUGCAAACAUGUACACGCGUGUAGGUGAAAUCAAAGACAAUUUAGACCACCUUACGCAGGAAAAUACCACCCAAAGUAACUGCCUCAAUGAGAUUUCGCAGUACGUGAACACGAAGAAAGAAACACUACAAGAAAUAUUACAUAGAACUAGAGAUUUGGGCACUGUUGUGUCUGCCUCAGAUGUAUUACAUAGCACAGUAACACUGAAUCACCAUGGUCAAAUGUUACAAGAGCUUUCAGGAACCAUAGGCAAUUCACACGAAGCACUGAAAGACCUUUUAUAUGGCACGAAGCAAUGUGUCGAAGAGCUGAAAAAAGACACAGCAACCACCUUGAGAGCGGAUUUAAAAGAAAUUGUUUGUGGUGAGGGAAGCGUGCUAAGGGAAGUCCUGAGAAGAGAUCUUGAGGAUGUCACAAAGGCAGCCUCCAGCAACUGCGCAGAAACUGUUGCCGCAAUUCUUGAAGUGAAGGAGUGCGAGAACAAAGCUGGUUCGAUUGUAAAAAAUAAAGAAAAAAUCACAGCCUUAAGCUCAAUCCCACUUAAACGACACGAGUUCUCUGUAGAAGGCCUGAACACAAUUAAAGGCAGAGCACUUGCAAACGGAUUUUGUGCAUACGAGAAGAAAAAAGUGUACACAUCCGGUUAUCACUUGUCACCAGGCAUAUAUUUUAAAAGAGACGGACAACAUGUUUUGGUGUGUCCGCACAUCAGGCUGCACAAAGGAGUCAUAGACAGUGUUCUUCAAUGGCCCUUUGACGAGAACUUUAGGCUGACCAUCAAACAUCCAUCACAAAGCAAGGAGUGUCAAAGACUAGUGGUCACUUCUAAUACUAAGGAAUAUGCAAGACCUGAUACAGAACACAAUGUUGGAGUAUAUUCUACUGCCCGCUCAUUUCGCUUGGAUGAACUGGAACGUGAAGGGUACAUCGCGGGCGACAAGCUUCAGGUAGUUUGGGAGCUUGUUUCGAAAAACAAUUCAAACUGAGAACUCAGAUUAGGUUAAUUUGAAGAAACGAUCUUGUGGAUCAGUCUGCAACAGCACUGCUGCCACAAACGCAUCCAAUCUAAGGGAAUUAGUUUGCAGCUCAGGUGUGCUUGCGGUACUAAGGACACUUAAGUAUCCGUGCUACGUCUUUGUUGUUGUGUAAUACAGAAUGUUUUUAGUUACUAAUUUUUUAGUAUCAAUGUGUUUGAAUCAAACACUUGAGCACUAGCUUCACGCGGUUUUAUAAUCGUUUCGAGAAAACAUCGGCACUGGUGUCGUUGGUCGUGGGCGAAAAAUUGUCAAAGGUGCAAAAUAAAGCAAAUAAGAAAUUUCAGCUCGAGUAGUAAUGCUUGAAGUGACUUCAAAAAGAAAA